AUGUCAACCGCCAUCACCACGUACUACCACCAUGUCAACCGCCAUCACCACGUACUACCACCAUGUCAACCGCCAUCACCACGUACUACCACCAUGUCAACCGCCAUCACCACGUACUACCACCAUGUCAACCACCAUCACCACGUACUACCACCAUGUCAACCGUCAUCACCACGUACUACCACCAUGUCAACCGCCAUCACCACGUACUACCACCAUGUCAACCGCCAUCACCACGUACUACCACCUUGUCAACCGCCAUCACCACGUACUACCACCAUGUCAACCGCCAUCACCACGUACUACGACCAUGUCAACCACCAUCACCACGUACUACCACCAUGUCAACCGUCAUCACCACGUACUACCACCAUGUCAACCGCCAUCACCACGUACUACCACCAUGUCAACCGCCAUCACCACGUACUACCACCAUGUCAACCGCCAUCACCACGUACUACCACCAUGUCAACCGCCAUCACCACGUACUACCACCAUGUCAACCGCCAUCACCACAUACUACCACCAUGUCAACCGCUAUCGCCACGUACUACCACCAUGUCAACCGCCAUCACCACGUACUACCACCAUGUCAACCGCCAUCACCACGUACUACCACCAUGUCAACCGCCAUCACCACGUACUACCACCAUGUCAACCGCCAUCACCACAUACUACCACCAUGUCAACCGCUAUCGCCACUCUGGAAGCUCAGUGCAGAUCAAGGAUUUUUCCCUCCAGGAAAGACACAAAAAAAAGGGCUUUUUCUGUAGGGCGAUAAACAGCGAAGAACGAUCGCGUUCCUUGAUGUGGAGGAAAUACAGCGGAGGAAAUACAGCGGAGGAAAUACAGCGGAGGAACGCGUCUGCGAACGUUACUAUCAACAGGAAGAAUGACCCGCUUCAGGACAACAUCGAGAAGCCGAACAAGUCUAGAACCCUAGAAGACCUCAGCGAGAAGAAGACCUCAGCGAGAAGAAGACCUCAGCGAGAAGAAGACCUCAGUGAGAAGAAGACCUCAGCGAGAAGAAGACCUCAGCGAGAAGAAGACCUCAGCGAGAAGAAGACCUCAGCGAGAAGAAGACCUCAGCAAGAAGAAGACCUCAGCGAGAAGAAGACCUUAGCGAGAAGAAGACCUCAGCGAGAAGAAGACCUCAGCGAGAAGAAGACCUCACGCAUCUCACCGAAGAGGCCCAUCUUUAUUUUUGAUGUCGUUUAG